UCCAAUAGCAGCGCGAGCUUAACACUGGUUGCUCAGGCCCAGUCAAAACAAUGCAAGCUUAGCUUUACUUAACGAUUAUUAUUAACCGCGUUUAACUUUGUCCUACAGUGAAUUCACCGCCUGGUUUUUUUUGCUUCGGUAACGGGCAGUCUCGUCGUUUCAACCGGUUAUCGUGUCCGAAGUUGUCCGUGCGUCGGGGGCUUCUUCUACCGUGUGUUUUUGUCUUCGUUGACGGUUGGAAAUGUAAACGGCUAGCAGGCGUUUGAGAUCGGCUGAAAACACACAACAAACGGUGAAAAUAAGAGAAAGGAGAGGUCGGAAAAAGAAGUGGGCGUCGAAGGUGAAGAGAAAAGGCGGAUUAAAAAACAACCUCCUGGUCGGUCGACUGGUAGCAUGGUGGAGUAAAGGCGGCGUCUACCGGGCUGCUCGGAACCUCUCAGCGGGGUUAGGAUCACCAUGGCUCCGGGCUCUCUGGUGGCGGCCUGCCGCAGCCUGGCCCUCUCUACGUGGCUGCUAUCCUUCUGCUUCGUCCACCUGCUGUGUUUGGACUUCACCGUGGCCGAGCGCGAGGAGUGGUACACGGCUUUCGUCAACAUCACCUACGUGGACCCGGCCACGUCGGAGCUCCGCACCGAGAAGACGGAGUGCGGGCGCUACGGGGAGCACUCGCCGAAGCGGGACGCUCGAGGAGUUGUGGUCCUGCCCGCGGCGUUGCACGACCGCCAGGCCUGCGACCCCAACACUAGGUUCGCGGUGCCCGUACAGGCCGGGGCCUGGGUGGCGCUGAUAGCCCGGGGUAACUGCACCUACAAGGACAAGAUCCGCCACGCUGCAGCCCACAACGCCUCGGCGGUGGUCAUCUUUAACGUGGGGUCCGGUAACGUUAACGACACCAUCACGAUGCCUCAUCCAGGUACCGGCGAGGUGGUCGCCAUCAUGAUCCCCGAGCCGAAGGGCCGCGAGGUGGCGUCGCUGCUGGAGCGCAACGUGACGGUCACCAUGACGAUCACCAUCGGCACGCGCAACCUGCAGAAGUACGUGAGCCGGACGUCCGUGGUGUUCGUGUCCAUCUCCUUCAUCGUGCUGAUGAUCAUCUCGCUGGCCUGGCUCGUCUUCUACUACAUCCAGAGGUUCAGAUACGCCAACGCACGGGACAGGAACCAGCGUCGACUUGGCGACGCGGCGAAGAAAGCCAUCAGUAAGCUGCAAGUUCGCACCAUCAGGAAGGGCGACCAGGAGACGGAGUCCGACUUCGACAACUGUGCCGUCUGCAUCGAGGGCUACAAGGCCAACGACGUGGUCCGCAUCCUGCCCUGCAGCUCGAGGCUCAAGUCUCAAGUGAUCGGUGGUUUGAACACCGCAUGCACACGAAUGAACAUCCUCAAAGCCCUCGGCAUCGCCCUGAACGCAGACUGCCUGGACGACCUGCCGCUGGACUACGACCUGGCGCUGGGUGGGGGGGGUGUGGGGGGGGUCGGGGCGCUGGCCCUGGAGGCCGUGGUUUCCGGGGCGUCCAGCGACGGCGUGCUCAGCGACGUUGACUCGGCGGUGGUGCUGGACCCUGGGGUGCGGCGGGUGGGACUCCCUCAGGACUACCAGGACCCCGACACGCUGAGAGACAGCCCUCUGACGGCCACCACGGACACACACACAGGCGAGCUGCAGCCAAUGGCGAGCAGCGCCUCGGUUGCGUCCCUGGUCAUCACCGUGGAAACGGGUCUCUCAGACGAGGAGGGGUCCACAGAGCGGUCUCAUCUCGGGGACAAGUCCUGAGAGGAGGCACACACCAGAACCAAAACCAGGCUGCACUAAGACUAAGAGCGCGAC